AUGAAUGUUACUCACCAAAAGAAUAUUUUGCAUUUAAGCACGGCAGAGGAAAGAUGCACAGGAACGAGUAUAUUUAAUGUAGAUUUGGAAAAAGACGAGCCGCUGGAAAUAUUGAAGAUACAGUUGAAGAUAUUAAAAAUAGAAGUAUUGGAUGAGGACAAUUGGAAAGUUAUAGAGGAGAUCGAAAGUCCGGUAGUUCCAAAGGCCACAAAGAAAAUAAGAAUAUUAUUCGAGAUUGAGAGGAACAACCCGGGAAUAUCCUUCUACAGCACGCCAGACAAGAAGCACAUGGAGUUUGUGGGGGAGCCUGUAAACGGGCAGGCGCAGGUUUUGUUUCCUCUUCUGUCCGUAGAGGUGUUUACCAUAGAAAUGGUCUAUAUUGUUUCGAGCGAAAAGGGGUUCCAGGUUGCUUCCAGCGGGGUGCUUAGCGGGAUAUACGAUGGAGGCACAACCAAAAUGUUCCACUACAAAAUAGAAAAUGGCCGGCCAAAAGAUGUUGUGUUCGCAGGGGGAAUGUUUGAGGAAAUGCAGUCGGGUAGAGUCUCCAUUCUUGUGCCUGAAAUGUUUUCGAAUAAAUUCUCGGUGGGCAGGAAAGAGUGCUUUGAAGUUAUUAAGUCCUCGAUAGUAACAGCACAGCAGGCACUAGACUAUAAGCUCCCGUUUUGCAGGCUGCAGGUCGUGUUUACGCUUUGCAACGUGGUCGGAACGGUGGGAAGAAACUGCGCAGUCCUGAACAUUUCGCAGAUGAUUGUGCCAGAGGCAAUUGACCAGUGCUUCUCCAGCAUCAAAACCCUGACCAAGAUAGUUGCCGAGCAGUACUUUGGCAUAUUUGCAUAUUCUUCGUCCGAUCUGGACGAAUGGAUAUACACCGGCUUGGCAGAGCAUGUGUCGAUGUAUCUGAUAGAGGUGUUCCUGGGAGUCAACGAGAUGAAGUAUGAGCUCAAUCGAAACAUCGACUACGUGCACAAAAAAGACAUCGAAGAGGCGCCUCUUUCGUCGGCCAGCCGCGCCAGGAGCACGUUCAGGUCUGAGUUUUUCAUCAAGAAAUCAAGCGCCUUCAUAAAGAUACUGGAAAACAAUCUUACGCGAGCAUUCAUGCAGAAAAUCAUGAAGGAGGUUCUGGAGCUGCGGUCUGUCACCACACAGGACCUAAUUCGAAUCGUAAAGGGCAUUACAGGAAAAGACGUUCGAAUGCUGUUUGAAGCGUAUGUGUACAAAGCAGGGAUUCCGACAGUGGUUGCACAGGUUGAGCAGAACAGCCGGGCAGGCGGGUUUUCGAUUAUGCUGAAGCAGAAAAUCCACUCUGUGCACCCGGAGGCCAACAGAAACAUUACAGGAAACAUAUGCAUACGGGUGUACGAGAGCGACUCUGUGCUAGAUCAUGUGCUGUUUAUAGGAAGCACGCCAAUAACGCACGAGCUGGCGUGCAACCAGAGAAGCCAGAGAAGAAAGCAAAAAGGAGAGGAGGCUGCGUCCCUUUUGUGGGUGAGAAUAGACCCGGGGCUGGAGUGGAUGAAGGUUUCGGCGGUUGAGCAGGCUGACUACAUGUUUGCAGAGCAGCUUGUCAGCGAAAAAGACGUGUACGGGCAGAUGGAGGCGCUUGCCGGCGUGCAGAAAAACCCCAGCGAGACGAUCUGCGGGAUUCUGGAGAGAGUGAUGGGGGACCCCCAAAUAUUCUACAAAGUAAGCAUAGCUGCUGGCGUGCUUUUGGCAAAAAGUGUAAACGAAGAGUCUGGAUACUUUGGGUUCCAGCGGGUUGUGCAGUACUUUAUCAACAGCUACUGCAUACAAAACACCACAAUCGUGAAGACAAACGACUUUUCGCAGUAUCGUAUGUACUUCAUGCAAAAGAACAUUGCGGCUUCAAUGUCGCUGUGCCAGCUGGACUCAACGAAGGUUCUAAGCGGAAGAACAAUUCGAGCCAAAAACGUGGUUUCCGCGUUUCUGCUGAAUCUGAUGCGGUACAACGACAACACAGGAAACAACUUCGAGGACUCCUUCUAUCUAGCAGACAUAAUCACGUCGUUGUCGAUUGCGCUGUGCUCGGACGCGUAUCUGGAUGCAAGCCCCUUUGUGAUGGAGAUGGAGCGGCUUCGAAAGAAAGACUUGCUUUUUCCAAGCCACCAAAACGUCAUAACAUGCGCAACCAUCAAGGCCUUUACGCGGCUGGGCGUGCAGGGGCACGUAGCCGUCUCGCUUAAGGGGAUGCUGGAGUACACCAUGCCAGAAAACUUCUACAAGGUGAGGAUGGCAGCAUACGAGUGCAUUAUUAUGCUGCACUGCCAGAAGCUGGAUGUUGUUUUGGAGAUGGCGCGGUACGAGGAAAGAAUUGUGCGCAUAAAAAUACUUGCUGUGAUCAGAGACAGCAUAAAGUGUGCAGCCCUGCCUGUGUUUGAAGAGGUGAAGAAGCACCUUCCUGCAGUGCAGAAAAUAGGAAGCGAGUUUGCUGGGGACGAAAACGUGGAGAACCUGGUGCAGGAAAUAGAGAGUCUUUUGCUGGAGCAGACAGAGCUGGCGUCUGACCUCAUAGAAGAGAUCGUGCUGCACGACUUAAGCAGCGACGAGGAGGCAAAGACCGUGCCAAGAGUCGUGUUUAAGAUAUUCAAGCCGCUGCUGCUUCGAAUUCCGCUAAGUCCGCUAAGGGCCCUUGAGCAGGCGCCAGAGCCAGAGCCUGUGGAGGCGCAGCCUGUCCAUGUGCCGGUGGUCCAGGUAAAUGUGGACGACCUUUAUGCGGUUGACGUGCACAGGAGCGUGUACUGCCUUGGAGACCCGCAGAAAACAGCGGCAUACCACUUCCUGUCGCAGAUAAAGAAGAACAAGUCGACCUCGCACAUUCUGCAGGCGUCUAAGAAGGUGGAGGCGGCGUCUGGAGGAAAAAUUCCGACAUUCGAAGACAUCGUGAUAGCAGCCGAGCAUGCGUCCCCGGAAGAGGAGAGAGAAGGAUCGCAGAAUGCAGACGAAAAAAAAGAAAAAGACUCUGCCACCAAGCAGCCCUCCGAGAACAGGGAGAAGCCAAAGGAGGCGGUAAAAGACAUAAGCAUAACAAUAUCGCACACAAAGGAGGAGGAGCUUCUUGGAAACCCGGUAAGGUGCCUGUUCAACGCGUCGGACGAGUAUCCAAUGGUUGAAAUAUACAACAAAUCGAUGUGCAUAUUCAGAGAGUAUUUUAAAUACGCACAGUACGACACGUCAAUGUAUAAUACGAUAAAAUACUUCCAGGCGCACUUUGAGAGAGAGUACACGGCGUUCUUCCAGUCGACAGACGCUGCAUUCCACAGAGUGGACGCAGAGACCGUGGACGGAGCCUGUGGGAGAGAGGUGCUCCUGGAGGUUUUGGACAAAAUCAUGCAGGAGGACACGCAUGCAGUGUUUUCAGUUCCCAUUAGCACAGACCUGCUUAAGGAAUACAAGUACAUGGAAAUAGUGAGAAGGCCUUUGGAUCUGCUGACAAUAAGAACCAGCCUGGCAGAGAAGAAGUACCUUAUGGUGGAGUGCGUUAUUUUUGACAUUUUCCAGGUGUUCCUGAACUGCAUGGCAUACAACCUCCCGAACUCCGAAAUAUACAACGAGGCAGUUCUGGUAAAGCAGAGGGCAGAGCAGGUGGUGUCUCAGAUAGAGGGGAAGUUCACAGAAAAGUGCACGCUCAAGGACGCCCUGAGAACGUUUGUGCCGGACAGCAUGGAGCAGGAGUUUGCGCUUUUCUUUGAAAAGGUCAACAAGGACAAGUACCCGCAGUAUUAUAGCGUGGUAAAGGAGCCUAUGUCUUUGUCCGUGGUGAAGGAAAGAAUUGAGGACGGGUAUUAUAAAAACAUUGUGCACUUUGAAAGUGACAUCCAAAAAAUCAACUCCGCAAGCAUAGCAUACAAUGGAGCCCUUUCUGACAUCACAAAGCUAAGCAAGAUUCUCACGCAGAGAGUGCAGGGCUUCGUGCAGAGCGCGUUUCCGUGGUACAAGAGCAUUUUCAGCAAAAGAAGCUUUGGCGCCCAGCAAAGAGCAAGGACAGGCCCCGCCAGCAGCAAAAAAGCAAAGCUCCCCAAAUAA